CUGAAUGCAUCGGAUGACCGCGGCAUCGACAUCGUGCGGGGGCCCAUCCUGAGCUUUGCCAGCACCAGGACCAUCUUCAAGAAAGGCUUCAAGCUCGUCAUCCUGGAUGAAGCGGAUGCCAUGACACAGGACGCGCAGAAUGCUCUGCGGCGAGUAAUCGAGAAGUUCACCGAGAACACACGCUUCUGCCUCAUCUGCAACUACCUCUCCAAGAUCAUCCCCGCCCUGCAGUCCCGCUGCACCCGCUUCCGCUUCGGGCCCCUCACCCCGGAGCUGAUGGUGCCCCGGCUGCAGCAUGUCAUCCAGGAGGAGGGGGUGGAUGUGAGUGAGGACGGGAUGAAGGCGCUGGUGACCCUCUCGAGCGGUGACAUGCGCAGAGCCCUCAACAUCCUGCAGAGCACCGCCAUGGCCUUCGGGAAGGUGACGGAGGAGAACGUUUACACCUGCACGGGACACCCCCUCAAGGCCGACAUCGCCAACAUCCUCGACUGGAUGCUCAACCAGGACUUCUCCACCGCCUACCGCAAAAUCACGGAGCUGAAGACGCUGAAGGGCCUGGCCCUGCAGGAUAUCCUCACCGAGAUCCACCUCUUCGUGCACAGAGUUGAUUUCCCACCCUCAGUCCGCAUCCAGCUGCUGAUCAAGAUGGCAGACAUCGAGUACCGGCUGGCUGCGGGCACCAGCGAGAAGGUGCAGCUGAGCUCCCUCAUCGCAGCGUUCCAGGUCACCAGGGACCUGAUCGUGGCCGAAGCAUGAGUUGGGCUGGGGCUGCCCCAGGUCCACGCUCUCUGCUUUAUGGUUCCUUUCUGCACGCCUCAGGCACGCAGCCUGAGGUACGAAAGACGGGCAGCGUUAUGUCUACACUUCAUUGGGAAAUGCAAACAUCUCUGAAGCCAA